ACCUGAACUGCACUGCACUGCACUCCACAUUUACUCGGAUGUAUUCUCUGGGACAAGCAAGCUUUUUGUGUCAGUCAAGCAUGAAGUUUAAGGAAAAGAAAAUGGCAUACAUGUUCAAGCGGAAAACAAAGAACGGGAAUGAAGAGAAACCUUUAAUAAAAAACAUAGAGCAGACAGACGGGGAAAAGGUAUCUGAAUACAGUUCUCAGCGGUCUGGAUUUCCUGAUCUCGUUGCUUUAGAUGUUGAAGCACAUAAUAAAAGAGUGCUUCACACUCUCCAAAAGAUUCUGAGCGACAGGUCGUCCCCUGAGGACUUUAAGACUGAGGUUGAGGUGCUGAAAACAUUGAGCCAACUGAAUAACAACUACUCUCAAGACUGGCUUUGUGAGUAUCUUCAGGAAAUGGAUCAGUUUGUGGAGAGAUACUUCCCCACGUUGACAGCAGAGGGAUCCCAAGGAUCUCAGUUACAGCAGAUACAGGAUUUUCUGAAGAGUGUACAGAGCAUGAUAUAUGAAGAGGUGUCUCGAUUAACACCUGCACUGAGAGAUGCUGGGCUGCUAGCUCCUCUGAAGGACAGUUACAGCCGUCACCUCUUUGCCAACCUGGACCUGCUGCUGAACAGAGAUCUCUCUGUAAAAGAGAUCUUCUGCCUUCUACAGUGGGGAAAAGAUGCUUUCCUCAGUUCAGACUCGCAGCCUUUUUUCAGAGUACAUGACCCUCUGCUGUUGACGGGAUGGUUUGUGAGAGGAACAGAGAAACUGCUGACUAAACUGCAGGAUGACGUCUCCAGGACUCUAAAGAACAUUCUGGACUACGAUCAGCAACACAGACAUACUGGAGACUCAGUGGAUGCAGAAACUUUCAUCAGAGUUCAUUUAGAUGUCACUCAGUGUCUGAAUGCUGUUAUUCAGAGUUCUGCAGAAUUCAGUCACACUUUGAUGUGUUCGGCACAAAUUCUCUGUCUUAAAGAGCUUCAUCAUUUUGUUCAGGAGUAUGUGUAUGUCGAGAAAAAAUGGCUGAAAAAACAGCAACACCUGAAGAAAAAUUCUGUUCACCUGCUUCGUCUCAUCAGCACCUGUAGGCAGCUCAGAUUUUUUGCUCCUCGACUCAAAAAUCUGGAUACGAACAGUGACAUCCUCUCAAACAUCAUCCACGAGUUAGAGGAGCUGGAGGAUCAUGUUCUGUCUAUUGUACAGAAGAUGAUGAAACACGUAGCACAGGAGAAUUUAAGGCAUUACUUCAAAGAAGGAGGUGGACAAAUCGAAUUACUGACAGAAUCAAUCCAAAAGCAGUGUGCGUCUUUGCCUCAAACUGAUGAGGGAAAAGAGAUUCAGGAGGUCUUUGUGAAUGUAUCCUAUGACUGUGUUUCACGCGUGUAUCUGGAUUGCCUGAUGAAGAGCAAGUUCAGACGGCUGGAGAAGAGAUGGGGAAAUGUCGGAGAAAGGAUGAGAGAGGACGCUCUGAAUUUUCACAACACUUUCAGUGAACUGCAUGACAGGAACGACCAGAGGAACCGUCUCCUUUGGAGAUUGGGUGAAGUUUUGGUUUGCAGUGAUGUAGAAGCACUGAAGGUUACCUGUUGUGAUUUGUUCAGAGAUUUCCCUCAGGAGAGUGAUCAGUAUGUGUCCGGUCUGCUGCGCUGGAAGGGGAUGUUAUCAGAGCGACAGACGAGAGAAGUGCUGGAUAUGAGCCGGGAACUCGGACUCGGUCUAAAGCCUAGACGCUCCACCUGUCAGCCUCUGAAAGGACUGUGUUGUUGUCUUUAAAUGAAUAACAACAUCAGUCAGACCUUUGUUUACAAGUUUAAUUCAAUGGCACGACUGUUUUGUUACAUUCGGUUAUGCAUGUUGUUUAUAGCUAUAUAAUUAUACAGUGUAUUUAUUCAAUAUAGUAUGUUUUCAUCAGAUACAGUAUUUGUUUGUAUGUAUGGACCUUUUGAAUUUACUUGAAAAUCUGGAUCACUUGAGAAACAUUAAUUACCUUUUUGGUAUGUCAUUUCUAUGAUAGUAUUAAGUUUCAGAGUUAUUCAUUGUUUACUGCUGUUUACAUUAUUAAAAAAUUGGGUAAGACUUUAAGGUGCCCUUGUUGCAUGUUACAUGCAAGUACGUGUAGUUAAUUAAUAUUACUCACUACUUAAAUGUAUAAUUACUCUGUAAGGGCACCUUAAAUAAAAGUCCAUCCCAAAAUUGUAUAUUGGUUUAAUUUUUUUUAUAUAAUAGAAGUGUUCUUUUAUUUAUGAUUAUGUUUGUUUUAUUAUACUUUUAGCAACAUUACAUUUGAAAUAAAUUUGGGUUGUGAAUCAAUAUGGCUGACUGCGUUAUUUUUCAAGGAUAGGAAGCAGGAAGUAAGAACAUGGACACUACAAAUAUAUCUUGUGCUCCCACAGAGGAUACAGCUUGCCAGGAAAUCUUUCUUAACAGACUCUUUCACGAACUACACAUGCAUUGUCACAGCAGGUGUGAACUUAUUCACCGCUUGAACCUAUCACACCAUAUCCUGUUUGUAGACGUCCGUUACAGGCACUCCCAUAAUCCAGUAAUCACCACACAAAGCAGCAAAUACUUUUAAAAAACUUUUAA